UAAAUUUAAGGCCACAAACAACUUUCUCAAAUCGUAAAAACAUCCUCAAUCUGUGACGGUGCCAAAAUAUUCAGAAUUUUACCGAAAAGGUCCACAAGGAAAAUGGAGCUGCAUGCUAAAGGAACAUGGCAAAAAUAAAGAACAUAAUUUUACUGAUAAUGGCAACUACGACCCUUCUGAACAAUUCUUCGGCGUUCUUACUUGUUGACAACUGUCCAGCUCCAUCGCCCUGCACGUGCUCGGGUAGUUCCAGCAGUUACAGCUACGUCUACUGUCAAAGCAAAAGUUUGAAAGACAUUCCAUUCAUCAAGCAAUCUAACAACCAUGUUGAUACUCUAUAUUUGUACUUUUACUCUAACGCUUUAACAGUGGUUUAUGAUAAUGUCUUUAGAAAUAUCAGCUCUAUCAAUGCUUCGAACAUAAUUUUGCAACUGAACAGCAAUAAAAUAAAUACAAUUGAAAAUAAUGCAUUUAAUGGCAUUGAGAAUGUUACAAGCAAUCUUCGACUGAAUAGUAAUAAUCUAACCACUAUACCUUCAGCCAUCGGUAAACUUGUGAAUCUUGAAUAUCUAUAUAUUUAUAGCAACCCUUUACAUUCCAUUGAUUCGUCAGUGAUGUCAAAUAUUGGUAGAAGCUUGAUUCAUCUCAAUCAUCUAACAAGUCUGAAUUUUCGAUAUGAUACACAUCUAAAGGAAAACAGGUCUUCUAUUUUUGAACCAUGCACUGGAAAACUUUCAACCGUAACUAAUCUUUAUUUAGAUGGUAAUAAUCUGCAUGUGUUUCCUGAUGUCUUUACAUUAUUUCCAUCAUUGACAACUCUGUCCCUAAGUAGUAAUAAGCUUGAAUACAUCGAAUCUUCAAAGCUUCCAUCUAUCGCUAGAGUAACUACAAUAUAUCUCAACAACAAUUUAUUCGAGAGAAUCCCGCCUGCUUUAAACAGAUUGAAAUCCUUGAAUAUUCUGUACAUUUAUAACAAUAAUAUCAAAACAAUCGAGUUAGCCGACCUGUCGCAAUUAUCUAUGCUUACCUAUUUACACCUAAACAAUAAUCCAAUUGUGUAUAUAUCACCAACUGCCUUUAAACAUAACUUGAACUUAGGUACGCUCUAUUUACAAAAUACCAAUCUUGACCACGUUCCUGUAGCAGCUACAUACUUAACAAAACUGAGAAACCUGUACCUUAGUGGAAGGCCAAUUGAUUGUUCGUGUGAUAUGUCCUAUCUGAAACACUGGAAUGCUACUGCUGUCACUAACUUUAACACAAAGUGUGCUUCCUCCACUGAAACCAUUAAAACAUUUGUGACGAAUUCUCUACAGUCUUGUCCGUAGGCUAUUAUAAACAAUUUGAUCUACUUUUGUAUUUUAGAAUUAUCCCUAAUUUUUAAAUAGAUUGUGUUGCCUUGGUCUAACAGUAAAACGAAACAUUCCACUAUUGCAAAACGAUAUUUUGCUGUGUAAAAACUUUAUAGUAAUCUUUAAUAAUUGUAUUUUCCAAAUUUCGAUAUCUAGUCAUAUUGCCUUACCUAACGGGCAAUAAACAUUUAGCACAAUCCCGUCUUUAUACCAGAUACAACGUAGUGAGUCAAACUGCUAAUAUUAAAAGCAGCAGAAGGAAUGGUGUAGUCUAACUCGUUCAAAUGAAAAGCAAACAAACGUUACAUUUUCUUGAGUCUUGUUUUCUGUUUGAAACUUAAAGGUUUUCUUUUUAAUUAAGCGGUAUUAGUGCCGAUCAUGAAUUCUAGAAUAUAUUUUGAUAUUUGUUUGGUGUAAGUACAUUAUCACAUUUUAUUAUAUACCUAUAUAAAUUCUGUAAAAAUCGGCUUGUAUUUCACAAUUAAAUAUGAAGAGACAAACAAAAAUUCCGUAUUGUACCUUUUAAAUUCCGUAUUGUACCUUCCGUAUUGCAUGCUGCCGGACUAUUUUCAUUAAUAUGCAUGAUCCGACACAUUACUAUAAAUAGCGCACAUAAAAACUUUACUAAGUUCCAUUUAAUAUCGAUAAACACAAGAACAAAACAAGAAUCAAAAUGGUAAAGGUAUAUAAUAAAAGGGUCAUUAUAACAGUAGCCAGAUCUGGGACUUUGUAUUCGGCUCUCGUGGAUUUUGCAAGGUCGGAUCACACUCGGCGCUUGCGCGCCUCGUGAGAUCCAAUCUGGCAAAAUCCACUUGAGCCGAAUACUGCAUUCCAGAUCAAGCUACUGUUAUAAUAACCCUAUUAUAUUGUUAAUUUGUUUUAUUUUACAUAAGCAUACAAAUCUGGGCCUGUGUCUGUAAACUAAUUUCGUAAUUUACAUAUAAUGUGCAGAUUAAGGUAUACAACUGGCUAAUUAAUCGUUUGACUUUAAGUUUAAAUGCGUAUAUGAUUUCCAAAGAAAGUGCUCUUGUGUAAAAAUGUGACAUAUUGUUAAACACUGAUCAGAGAAGUAUAAAAUACACAGAAUGGCAACUGGCUGUAAUCUCGCGUGAUCUCGUGUCAGAGCGUGAAUCGGCGUUAUCUUAGUAAAACCAAACAUCGGCGAGCAUAGAGUUACAAUUUGUACCUUUAAAACUACAUUUAAAAUACAUGUUAGCUUCUAAAACAACAUUAGUUUAAUGUGAAAUAGUCUUAAGACACAAAGUACACGUUUCUUAGCAUCAAAAGAAGCGUGGUCAUACGGUGAUAACAAGAUUUAGCUUACCAAAAGGUUCCUUCUAGCGCAUAUUAAAUAUUCUUUUUAAGGGAUCUUUAAUAAAAUAAUUAUGAACUAUGUUUUUUGCUAGUUUACGUGCAUUCUUAUCUAUUUAUUAUAAGAAUACUUAAAGUUAUUUCACACAAACAUAUUUAACUUAAAAUAAUACAUAAACGCCUUUAGAUGAGCGAUCCUACCUAAAUAUUAUCAGUGGACAAUAAAUACCAUCAUUGUCAAAAUUUCGGGGACCGCUGCCGACAGCUGUCCUAGUGGCACAGAUCAGAAUUUGGUCGUAUGUUUGCCUAAUUUUAAAUAGACCUUUAUAACGGACACGGACAAUGUAAUCGUACUAUGUACUCUGGUCAAAGUCUGGGGAAUUUCUCAAAACACAAAAAUUGAAACACGUAACCACAGGGAUUUGUUUUAUUUUAAAGAUAUUUUAAAGGUUUUCGCCAAAUUAUCAAGGCACAACAUAUCUUUAUAAUUCUUUGCAGUGUUAUCCUCUGCUGCGAAUAAAUCUUGUCUCCAAGGAGAACACAGACGAUUUUAUAUUUACGUAUACAUCUAAUAAAAAAAAACAUGUCUGCCAUUUGA